CCACGCUACUCGGCUAUAUAUCUCAAGUCAACCGCGCACCUCCCUCCAACCUCCAUCGGCCGCAGCAGCACCCACCCUCAGUCCCUCACAGUCACAGCUCACAACUCACGGCACACACGCUCGGCUUGCUCCUCUGCAGCUCUGCUGCGGCGGCCGGGAAUGGAAAGCACGGGGCGCGGCGGCGAGGCGGCCGGUGAAGUGACCCGCGCCGACUUCCCCGAGGGGUUCGUCUUCGGCGUUGCCACCUCCGCCUACCAGAUCGAGGGGGCGAGACAUGAGGGUGGCAAAGGCGAUAGCAUAUGGGAUGUAUUUGCAGAUACAAAAGAGCGUAUCCUAGACGGAAGCUCUGGAGAAGUUGCAGUUGAUCAUUACCAUCGAUACAAGGAAGACAUUGAGCUCAUGGCCAAGUUGGGUUUUCGCGCUUAUAGAUUUUCCAUAUCUUGGUCACGGAUAUUUCCUGAUGGCCUAGGGAAGGAGAUCAAUGAGCAAGGAGUUGCUUUCUAUAACAAUCUUAUAGAUUUCAUGAUUGAGAAAGGUAUUCAGCCUUAUGCAACUCUGUAUCACUGGGAUCUUCCAAAUAACCUUCACCAGACUAUGGGGGGUUGGCUUUCGGACAAGAUUGUGGAGUACUUCGCAUUAUAUGCAGAAGCCUGCUUUGCAAAUUUUGGCGAUAGAGUUAAGCAUUGGAUGACAAUCAAUGAACCUCUUUCAACAUCCCUCAGUGGUUAUGCGAAUGGAAACUUUGCACCCGGAGUAUGUGAAAGUGAAGCUGGUGAACCUUUCUUGGCCGCCCAUCACCAGAUCUUAGCGCAUGCUGCUUCUGUUGAUGUCUACAGAAGAAAAUUUAAGGCUUUACAAGGUGGCCAAGUUGGGUUUGUUGUUGAUUGUAUAUGGGCAGAGCCAGCGUCUGAUAAAAUGGAAGAUCAGGAUGCUGCAGCACGAUUUAUAGACUUUCUACUUGGAUGGUACCUGGACCCAAUAUACUUUGGUGAUUAUCCAGAAAGCAUGCGGCAGAGAUUGGGCGAUCGUCUUCCAAAAUUCUCAGCGAAAGAUCGUGAAUUUAUCAGGAACAAAAUUGAUUUUAUUGGAUUAAAUAACUAUACAUCAAGAUUCAUUGCUAAUCAGACAAACCCGCAGGGAAAACAGAUCCAUUUUUAUCAUGCUCAACAGACAAAGAUGAUGGACAAAUCGAGUAGCGGUGAAGGAAUUGGUGAAAGAGCUGCGUCUAAUUGGCUUUUUAUAGUUCCUUGGGGUAUUCGGAAAAUGAUUAACCAUGUCGCAAAGAAAUAUGACAAUCCUAUAAUAUAUAUAACAGAGAAUGGCAUGGAUGACGAAGAUGAUCCAUCAGCAACACUUGAUCAGGUCUUAAAUGAUACAAAGAGGGUUGGAUUCUUCAAAGGAUAUGUUAGUGGAGUCGCAGAAGCAAUAAGGGAUGGUGCCGAUGUUCGUGGGUACUUUGCAUGGUCAUUCUUGGAUAACUUUGAGUGGGCUAUGGGAUACACCAAGAGGUUUGGGAUUGUCUAUGUUGAUUAUAAGAAUGGGCUCUCCCGACACCCUAAAGCAUCAGCCAUGUGGUUUUCACGCUUCUUGAACGGCGAGGCUGCUGACAACAAACCUGACACAAACUAAGUCCAUCUUCACCAAGGAAGGAGAAUAAACCCUGCACAUCCACACAUCGAUAUAUUUCUUUUUGUUGGAAAACAAUGCCAUGCAAAGUGAAGCAUUGAUGCCAAACAAGUUGUCUUACAGAAUAACUCGAGUAUCUGAACUUGAUGGCCUCAGCAACUUUGAGAGGGCAAUAGGAUUGAUACACCAAGAGGGGUCUGGUAGUGUACAAGAAUGGGCUUUUGCGACAUUUUGACGUAUCAGCCAUGUGGUUCUCGAUCACACUUGUCGCUGAAAACAAAGAUGGCACGAACUGAGCCAUCCCUCAGCAAGUAAAUAAACAUUACACAGUGAUUGUUUUCCCUGUUAUUGUACUGUACUGUAAUUGGCGGUGUAUAUACUCAAGAUAAUAAUUGCAUCCCAUCUCUGAUGCUCUGUACGGUCUGCCAUUAAUCCAAUGAAUAUGUUUGCUGCUUGA